CGGGGGAGCCGAGGGACUCUCUAGGCUGCCGGGCGCGGUCAGUCAGCGCCUGGGCACGGCAGGUGCGCCGAGGUACCAUGAGGCGCAGGUAUUUAAGAGAUUAUGGCAUCUGAAACCCACAAUGUUAAAAAACGGAACUUUUGUACUAAUAUUGAGGAUCAUUCCACUGAUCUUCCUAGAAAAAGGAUCUCUAAUUUCACCAAUAAGAACAUGAAGGAGGUUAAGAAAUCUCCCAAACAUUUGGCUGCUUACAUAAACAGAACAGUUGGACAAGCUGUGAAAACCCCAGAUAAACUAUGUAAGGUGAUCUAUCGCAGAAAGAAAGUUCAUCAUCCCUUUCCAAAUCCUUGUUACAGAAAAAAACAGUCCCCUAGCACUGGGGGCUGUGACAUGGCAAAUAAAGAAAAUGAACUGGCUUGUGCAGGUCACCUGCCUGAAAAAUUACGCCAUGAUAGUCGCACAUAUUUGGUUAAUUCCAGUGACCCUGGCUCUUCACAGACAGAAAGCCCAUCAUCAAAAUAUAGUAGUUUUUUUUCUGAGGUUUCUCAGGACCAUGAAACAAUGGCCCAGGUUUUAUUCAGCAGGAAUUUGCGAUUGAAUGUAGCUUUAACUUUCUGGAGAAAGAGAAGCAUAAGUGAACUUGUAGCCUAUUUGGUGAGGAUAGAAGAUCUUGGAGUUGUAGUAGAUUGCCUACCUGUACUCACCAAUAGUUUACAGGAAGAAAAACACUAUAUCUCACUUGGCUGCUGCGUGGACUUGUUGCCUCUAGUAAAGUCAUUACUUAAAAGCAGAUUUGAAGAAUAUGUAAUAGUUGGUUUAAACUGGCUUCAAGCAGUCAUAAAAAGGUGGUGGACAGAACUGUCAUCCAAAUCAGAAAUCAGAAAUGAUGGAAAUAUUCAGAUUUUAAGACAACAAUUAAGUGGGUUGUAGGAACAAGAAAACCAUCUUACUUUGGUUCCAGGAUAUACUGGUAAUAUAGCUAAGGAUGUAGAUGCUUAUUUAUUACAGUUGCAUUGAGAGAUUUCAUCUACUAAACAGCAUUUGGUUAUUCGAGACAUCCUGGGACUAUAGGAUUUCCAAAAAUAGGUCUCUUCUGAGAACUAUGAACUGUGGAAGAAAUCAAAAUCAUUUUUUCUUUUAAAAAGCCACAAAUUGAAACCACUAAUGAAACCCUAAGAAUCUACUUCACAUUGAAGUGGAAUAGUAUCCAAAAGGAGCAGUUUCAACUUCAAUGAGGUGAAAGUGCACUAUGAAGAUUGUUCGCCUUUGCUGCAUUUGGGAUCUGUAUGGUUAUUUGAUAACAUUGUUUAAGAACUACUGGGUCUUAAUGCAAUCAUGCAUAAGAAUAUAAUUUAUACUCUGCAAAAAUAAGACAAGAGUUAUUACUAGAAACUACAAAGACCAAUCGUGAUUUUUUUUCAAGAUUGUGUUUUAUAAAAAAACUUAAAUGUGUGCAGCUAUUUUCUUAUGUUGUAAGACUUUGAAAGUGAAAACAUUAAAGUAAAUCAAUAUUAAAAAUGUUCACACUGACAUGCUGUUUAUGCAAAAAUGCCUUAAUUAUUAACUAAGCCAAUAUAUUACGAUACCAAUAUCUGUUUUAAAAAAUUGAAACCAACCAUGCUUCUGGCAUGAUAAAAUCCUGGAAUUAAAUCAGGGGUUUACAUUCACAUAGAAUGUUAUUGUUCAGAUAUAUUCCACACAGUUUUUAAAACUUGAGAAUAUUUUUAGUAUCUCUGAUUUUUUUUUUUGCCAGAAUCAUCAUGCCAUGUAUGUAUGUAUUAUCCCUAUAUAAAAAAGGUGAAUAUGUGUAUGAAUGUUUAACUGGAAAUGUCCAUGGAAAUAGCUAAUUUAUAUUCACUUUUUAUUGUAUAUAUAUUUCUAAUAUUUUUCAUUUCUGUAUCAUUUAAACUUUCUUCAC